AUGUUUUCUCCUCCAUUAUUAUUAUUGUUUAUUUUAUUUUCAUUUAUAAAUUAUAUAUAUACAAAUGAUGUUUUACUUAAAUAUGGUUUAAAUAAUGGUGAUCAAAAAAUUGAAUUUGCCACUAUUCCUUCUGGAGUACCUUUAGAUACACCAGUUUUUUAUUAUGGAAAUUCUUAUAAUGAUAUUUAUAUUCAUCCAAAUGGUGGUAUUUCUUUUGAUGGACCAAUUGAUGAUAUUGAUAUUAUGAAUGAAGAUAGAACAGCAAUAUUGGUAGCUUAUGGAAAGUAUGGUUACUCUGAUACAUAUUAUAGGCAAAUCAAGUCAUCAGAUGAAAUAACAAAUUUAUUAAAUGGAAUUAUUCAAAAAAAAUUUACCAAUGAGGAAUCAUUUUCGGCAAAUGGUGCUAUUAUUAUUACAUGGGAAAAUGCAAAACUUUCAAAAGAUGAUGAAAAAAGUAAUACUUUUCAAUUAAUAUUACUAUCAAAUGUCUCUAGUACUUAUGCAUUAAUUAAUUUUGACAAAACUGAAGUUGUUAAGGCAAAUGAUCAAAAUUCUAUUCAAUUUGUUUUUAUGGAUCGUCAAGGACAUCGUGAAAAUAUGGCUCAACAGGAUGGUGAAUUGAUUAAUCUUUCAAUGCAAAGUAAUAUUGAAAGUUCUGGAAAAUUUGCUUUUAGAAUAUCCACUACAAUUGAAGAUCCAAGACCUCCAUUAGAGGAAGAAUAUAAUUAUGAUGAUGAUAAUUCUUUAGAAGAUGGAUGUCCAGAAAAUAAAUAUGGUGAUAAAUGUCCAGAUAAUUGUAGUUUUAUUACUGAUUCAAGAGGUUGUUCAAUGUGCCUUUGUUCAACACCUCAAACAAAUAUUGAUAAUGGUAUAAAAGAUACAUUUUUACCAGAUGAUAAGUCACUAGAGACUGAAUUAUUACCAUUACCAAGAGAUGAGGAUGAAGAUGAAGAUGAUAUUGAUAAUAAUACAAUAGAUAAUGAUCAAUUUAAUAAUGAUAAAAUUGUAAAAUAUCAUGAUUCUCAUCCUACAAUUCAUGAUAAUAAUCCUGUUGUUGAAAAUAAUAUAGUACCAGUAAUAGAUGAAGAAAAUGAAUUAUCACCAACAAUAGAUCCAAUAGUAUAUUCUAGUGAUAAUAAAGGUGUCUGUUCUCAUAAACAAGAAUCAGAAAUAAUUUGUUCUCGUAAUGCUAAUUGUAUUGAUUAUGCAGAGGGAUACUGUUGUGAAUGUUUUGAUAAUUAUUAUGGAAAUGGUAAAUAUUGUGUCUCUUCUAGUGAGGCUGUUCGUAUUACUGGAAAAUUCAAUGGUGUAAUAAAUGGUAAAACAUUAGAAGGAGCUGAAUUACAUACAUACGUUCAGGCUGGAGGUGGUACCACAUAUACAGCUGUAUCAAAUCUUCCACCAAUUAUUAGAAAUUCAAUUCUUUUAUUAAAUCCUCUUGCUUCUAUUAUUGGUUGGAUGUUUGCAAGAACAGCUAAUGAUGGUGAAACUUACAAUGGUUUCAUGCUUACUGGAGGUGUUUUUAAUAGAACUGUUAACAUUAGAAUUGGUGAUAGAUAUGCUGUUGUUAUUAAUCAAAAAUUUAUUGGACUUAAUGAAAAUGGUGAUGUUGAUUCUGAAAUAUAUAUUCGUGGAACAUUACCAGAAUUUGAAGAUGAUGUUGUUAUUACAUAUGAACCAUUCACUGAAGAAUAUAGAAGAGAAAGUUUUGGAAAUUUAAGAAGUUAUGGUACUGUAGAUGUUAAUGUUAAAAAUAUUCAAAAAAGAAGUGAUGAAAAAUGGAAAAUUAUUACAGAUCAACAAAUAAAAUAUAUUGAAUGUCCUAAUAAAGAAUUUACAAGACCAAAAAUUAUUUCUAUUAAUGCUCAAAGAAUUUCUGCAAAUUAUGAUCAAAGAGAAAAAGUUUCUCGGUAUAGUUCUGUUUCUUUAGCAACAAGUGGAUCAAUUGGUUCUCUUACCAGUGAUAUUGUUAAAGAUGUCUGUGCUCCUAAUCAUCAUAUAUGUACAGGACAACACAUGAAAUGUUUGGCUGUUGAUAAUAGUUAUAGAUGUGUAUGUGAUGAGGGAUAUGAAACUGUUCAUGAUACUUCAUCAACAACAGGAUUUAGUUGUAGAAGAGAAAUACAACCUCAAAUGUCACAUAAUACAAAAUUAGAAAAAGGUUCAUGUACAGCACAUUCUCAUUGUCAUAAAUGGGGAGAGUGUAUCUUUGGACAACAUGGUCAACCAGGAUACUGUAAAUGCCGUGGUUGGUAUGUAGGUGAUGGUGUUGAUCAUUGUGGACCACCAGAAAGAAAAGAAGAAAGACCUUCAAAUAAUUGUGGACAAUAUAAUUGUGAUUCAAAUGCUGAUUGUAUGCCAGCACCUGGUGGAAUUGGUACAGAAUGUGUUUGUAAAGCUGGUUUUUAUGGAAAUGGAAUAACAUGUCAAUCUAUGGAUAUAGAUAGUAAUAAUGAACAAACAAAAAUGAAGAUAGGAAGUAAAGUUGUAAGUGAAGUAAUAUGCCAUAGUCAUGAUGAAUGUGGUGAAUUUGGAAGUUGUACAUAUUCAAAUUCUCUAGGAUAUUAUAAAUGUGAAUGCCAAAGUGGAUAUACAGGUGAUGGUAUAACAUGUACACCAUCAACUGAAAAUUUAGAAUCUUGUAAUGUCCUUAAUAAUUGUGGUACUUUUGCUGAUUGUGUUUUUACUAAAAAUACUUUUAAUAAUGAUGUGUAUAUGUGUAAAUGUAAAGAAGGAUAUACUGGUAAUGGAUACAUAUGCUAUAAAACUAUUAUUGAUGAAGUUUCUAUAACAUCAAAUCCAUUAAAUGUUAUAUAUAGACCACUAUAUCCUUAUAAAUCUUCUCAUCAUAAUCCAAGAGCUUGUGAAAUUGAACUUGGUUGUGAUGAAAUGGCUCGUUGUGUAUUUGAUGCAGAAAAUAAUAGGAAAAUUUGUGAAUGCAUGAAUGGUUAUGAUGGUGAUGGUAAAAAUUGUCAUCCAUAUAAACCAGAGGUAAUGCAUAAACAGGUUUCAGAAGAGAGUGAAGAAGAUAGAGAUAAUUUAGUAAACACUCAAGAUAUUGUACAUCCACAAAAUUAUAAUUUUGGAAAUGAUGAACAUGAUACUGUAUCAAGAUGUAGUGAUUCAGCAGAUUGUUCUCCAGAUGAACAUUGUGUAAUAAAUGAUACUUAUGGAUAUCAUACUUGUAUGUGUUUACCAGGUUUUCGCCGUGAUCAAAAUGGAAAUUGUCGUUCAGCUGAUACCUGUUUACCAACUGAAAUUAAUUCAUGCCCACCAAAUGCUCAUUGUGUUUUUAGUCAUCAGACACAAGCAUAUGAUUGUCAAUGUAUCCAAGGUUUCAAACAUACUGGACAAGGUUGUGUACCAUAUGUUCAAGAAGAAAUAACAUGUGACAAAGAUUCAAGAGUAUGUAAUAUUAAUGCUCAAUGUAUUUUCCAUAAUGAUGCCAAGAAACAUAUUUGUUUAUGUAAUCCAGGAUUUUCUGGUGAUGGUUAUAAAGAAUGUAUCAAAGAAGAAGUACCACUUUGUACUGAUUGUAGUAUUAAUGGUAGAUGUGUUCAAAAUUCAAUAACAGGUGGUUGGAGUUGUCAAUGUAAUCCAGGAUUUGUUGGAAAUGGAAAAGUUUGCCAACCAACAAAGUCAUGCCUUGAGGAUAGAUCAAUUUGCCAUCCAAAUGCUGAAUGUGUUCCAGGACAAUAUGGCCAUUAUGUAUGUAACUGUCGCUAUGGCUACCAUGGUAAUGGAAAAAUUUGUACACCUGAUUCUGCAGAACGUAGAGAUGGUGACUUACUUAUUGGAUCUGGUAUGACAAUAUUUCAACGAACUAGGGAUGCUGAAACACUAGGAAAACAAUUAGUUGUCAUACCAAGACAACUUAUUGUUGGUAUUGCAUUUGACUGUCAAACAGAAAAAAUUUAUUGGUCUGAUAGUGCAGGACAUGUUAUAAGACAUUCAAGUAUAAAUGGGACAGAUGUUAAUAUAUUAAAAGAGGAAGAUUUAAGAUCUCCUGAAGGUAUUGCUAUAGAUUGGAGUAGUAGAAAUAUUUAUUAUGCUGAUUCAGGAAAAAAAGAAAUUGGUGUUAUUUCAAUGGAUGGAAAAUAUCAAAAAAUUUUAUUAAAUAAAGGACUAGUUCAUCCAAGAGCAGUUGCAAUUGAUAUGAUUAAUCAUAAAUUAUAUUAUUCAGAUUGGAAUAGAAUAAAUCCAUAUAUAGGAAGAAUGAAUCUUGAUGGUUCAGGUAAUGAAGUAUUUAUUAAUAUAGAUAUUGCUAUACCAAAUGGUUUAGCAUUUCUUGCAUCACGUCUUGAGAUAUGUUGGGUUGAUGCUGGUUUACAGCAACUUUCAUGCGCCUCAAUUUAUAAUUCUAAAAAAAGAAGAAUUGUCUACUCACCAUUAGAAUAUCCAUUUGGUUUAACUGUUUAUAAUGAUGAAAGAUUUUACUGGACUGGAUGGCAUGACAACAAAAUUCAUAGUAUAUCAAUAUAUGGUGAAAAUAGAGAAACUUUCCCAGUUUCUGUAAUAAAUAGUAGAGGUAAGCUAUAUGGAAUUACAACAAUUCCAAAAAAAUGUGAAGGAACUGUCACUGUAUGUAGUAAUGAAAAUGGUGGAUGUCAAUAUUUAUGUUUACCAGGAGAAGAAAAUAAGGCAACAUGUCUUUGUCCUGAUAAUGUUGAAAAUCUAGAAGGAUGCUGA